AUGCGGGCGGAUGAGAUAAAUGCCUCUCUAAAAAGAUCUUUUAUGUGGUCGACCAUUCAGCAUCUCUCCUUAACAGUAAAUAUGAGAGUUCGUUUUGGGGAAGAACAAGGGGUUGAGGAGUUUUCUGAGGUCCUUUUGAAAGUUGGGGAUGGGACAUUGGAAAACACCGAUGGUCUCAUAAACAUCCCUCCUUCACUCGGCACAAUCGUCGAAUCACAGGAACAACUGAUCGACAGUGUUUUCCUAGGGGUUCAUGAACUGCUCAACUUGGAAAGUGCCUGGCUCUGUGAUUGUGCCAUCCUCACGCCCACCAAUGAACAAGCAACGGAGAUCAACAAGAAGGUGAUGUCUCUCUUCCAGAGCGAGGAACGAACGUAUAAAUCUGUUAACACAGUUCUUAACCAGGACCACGCCGUUCACUACCCGGCAGAGUUCCUCGACUCAGUAACAGCACCUGGAUUACCUGCCCACGAGCUCACGCUUAAGCGUCUGCUUUACGAUGACUAUCAACAAGUCACAGGGCCAGACAUUGUCCACUGCCGGGGUAGAGCUCAGUGGAUCUGA